CACGCCAACUAGUAUCAAUAUAAACAAAGCUGAGCCAGAAGUGCCUAAAGAGGAGCCAGAAGAAAUAAGACAGGUGCAAGCAGCAUGCGUGGAAACUCUGGCGGCAGGCAGUUCCUCACCGCUAUGCAUGGACGCCCAGGCGCAAACUUCCGAACUGCAGAAGAUGGCUCCCAUGCUCUCACUAGCGGAGGCUCAGGUGCAAACCUCAGGGCUCACAGUCACAGAAGAGGAAGGUGAUCUCCCGUCAUAUGCAGAGGCCGAGGUACGGACGUCCAAGCUGACGAUAUCAGGAGCAGAGGAUAUUCUUCCUUCUCCUCCACACAGCGAGGCUCCUUUGAGCCCCUCCUGCCCGGAAACACCGGAGGUGCAGGACACAGCAGCCCCCGCAGAAACCAUGCCUGUGCCUCCAGUGCUAACAGAUGCUGAGACGCAAACUUCUCAUCCUGAAAUACCCAUGGGGAAGAAAUGGAAAUUACAGGUUGAGGCCCAAGUGCAAACCUCCAGACUUGAUUUUCCGGGAGCAGAGGAGGUGCCUCUGUAUGCCUCUGAGACAGAGAUGCAGAAACAGUCUUCUGUGUCUGAAUUACCGGAGAGCGAGCUGCCUCUCUCUGCAUCUCAGAUGGAGCCUCAAUGUGUCUCAGCAGAGGAAAAGCUGUCUGCGCUCUCCGUGCAUUCUGAAAUACAAGAAAAGGAGGUGUCACAGGCAACGCUGGCGAGGAAGCCAUCUUUGGCCACUCAUGCUGAGGCCGAGGUGCAAACUUCAUAUAUUGAUAUACCUCCAGGGAAUAAAUGGCGGGCAUCCCGUUUAGGUACCGAGGCCCAGGUCCAAACUUCGUACCCAAAAAUUCCAGUGUCAAACAGCAAAACUUUGUCCUUGCAAGAUAUCCAGACGGCUUAGGGCCUUGAGCAUGCUGCACGCAAGAAUGUGGUAAAAGCCUCGGUGCAAGCCACCUCAGUGCCUGUGUCAAGGUGUCCCCGCAGCAUCAGAAUGGCAAUAAAAAGAAUCCAUAAAAUCUUAAACUGA